AACACUCACAUUCACUGUAUCAGAGUAACCUGAGACUGAGAGAAUUCAAAUCAAAUUGACCUGUAAACUUUAUUACAAAAUCCAUUGGUUCUCUCUGUUUGGCGUCACAUUUGGCAAUGACAAAACAGUAGUUACUCACUUCACUCUUCACUUGCCUUUUAUUUAAAACAAAUUCAAUCCAAAUCUUCCACUGAGAUGCAAAAAAUCUCAGAAAUUUAUGAUUUUCAUCUAUGCCCAUUAAUUGUUACCCAGAAAUGGAAGAACCCUUUUCCCAAUUUUAGAAGAUAAUAAUGUUUCAUACUUGUUGAGAAACUUUAGGGUUUUUUACUCUCACUCUCUUGGUCCCUAUAAAUACCAGUCUCUUUCUUGUUCUUGUCAUUGCAAUUUAAGAUAUUCACUAUUACAUACAUUUUCUUGUAAACAAGCAGCUGUUCUUCGUGAGCUUAUUCAGCUUCAGAAAGAUAUGGGUCGUUCUCGUGGGAAUUUUCACUCUAAUGACGAGGACCCAACUCAAAGGUCUAGGAGAAAGAAGAAUGUCUCCAGUGAAAAUUCAGAAUCGUCAGCUGCAGGUCAAGGAGCAGGUGAAGGGAAAAGGGCUUUAUACCACUGCAAUUAUUGCAACAAAGACAUCACUGGGAAGAUACGCAUCAAGUGUGCGGUUUGUCCUGAUUUUGACCUGUGUAUAGAGUGCUUCUCUGUUGGAGCUGAGGUGACACCUCAUAAAUGCCAUCACCCCUACAGGGUUAUGGACAAUCUCUCUUUCCCGCUAAUAUGCCCUGACUGGAAUGCAGAUGAUGAAAUACUGCUUCUAGAGGGAAUCGAAAUGUAUGGCCUGGGAAACUGGGCAGAAGUUGCUGAGCAUGUGGGGACAAAGACCAAAGAACAUUGUAUUGAACACUAUAACAGUGUAUACAUGAACUCCCCGUUCUUCCCUCUCCCGGACAUGUCUCAUGUUGUCGGGAAAAAUAGAAAGGAGCUCCUUGCUAUGGCUAAAGGGCAUACUGAGGACAAGAAAGGAUCAACCAUGCUUGGGGAGCUAACUUUGAAGGAGGAAUCUCCUUUUUCUCCUUCAAGAGUCAAACUUGAAGAACCACAUAAAGGUGGACCCUCUGGCCGUUUAAUUUCUGGUUCGAAUGCAGAGGUAGAAUCUGGGGCCUGUACUAAUCGCACAAAUUUGGCAGCUAAAGCUGCUGUCAAGAAGGCAUCGAAUAUGACCCAGGUUAAAGAUGGCCCCAGUAUCAUUAAAGUGGAAGAACCUCAAACGGAGAGGAGUUUCAAGGGGAAGAAACCGAUGUCUUCAGCGAAUGAUGGUCCAUCUUUAGUUGAGUUGAGCGGUUAUAACCCCAAAAGACAUGAGUUUGAUCCUGAGUAUGACAAUGAUGCGGAGCAGCUAUUGGCUGAGAUGGAAUUCAAAGAUACUGACACUGAGGAAGAGCGGGAGCUGAAGCUGCGGGUACUGCGCAUCUAUUCAAAGAGGCUUGAUGAGAGGAAGCGUAGAAAGGAUUUCAUUCUGGAAAGAAAUCUGCUGUAUCCAAAUCCUUUUGAGAAAGACCUGUCUCCUGAAGAAAGGGCAAUAUGUCGGCGUUAUGAUGUCUUCAUGCGCUUCCAUUCCAAGGAAGAGCAUGAGGAAUUGCUUCAGACUGUUAUUGCAGAGCACCGAACUCUGAAGAGAAUUCAAGAGCUUAAGGAAGCCCGAGCUGCUGGAUGCCGUACAUCUGCUGAGGCAGAUAGAUACCUUGAGCUAAAAAGGAAAAGGGAAGCUGAAGAAGCUUCUCGCAGAUCAAAAGACAGUGCUCAGGUUGGUCCAAGCAGUCAGGGUGGUGCAAACGCUUUCAUGGCUUCGGAAUCUGGUGGCAAAGACUCAAAUUCAAGACCUGCAGGACAGGCUUCUGUGAGCCAUGUAAACGAUUUCGAUAUCUUGGGUUUCACUGAAACUCAAUUACUGUCUGAGGCUGAGAAGCGCCUAUGCUGCGAGAUCAGGUUACCUCCACCGCUCUACCUUAGGAUGCAAGAGAUCAUAUCAAGAGAGGUUUUCAGUGGGAAUGUCACCAAGAAAGCAGAUGUUCAUCAUUUGUUCAAGAUUGAAGCAAACAAAGUUGAUAGAGUUUAUGACAUGCUUGUGAAGAAGGGGCUUGCUCCACCAUGAUAACAUACAUCUCUUGCUUGUAAAUCUCUCUGUUGUAUUCAUUGUCAUACAGAAAUGAAAAAAUUUUGUUUACUUAA